AUGUUAUAUGGACAUUCAUCAUUUACUAAUGCUAAUCACAAACUUAUUGGUAUUCCAUACUAUGAGUCGAUUAAAAAACUAAAGUCAAACGAAAGAGAAGCUCUUUUGAAUAUGGCCAUUGAACAAGAUUUGCUCCACAUUUCUAAACUUGUUCAUUGCGAUUUAAAACCAGACCAUAUUGUUAUAGAUCCAUUGAGAGAUACUGGAUUUAGAUUAUUGGAUUUUGAGUUUGUUGUUACGGAAGGUGAUGAGGUCAUUGGCUACACAAAAGGAUAUCAUCCUCCUGAAUAUGAUUGUCUUGAAAAUCAACAAUAUGCAAUUGCAUCAAGGAAAUCAGAUGUUUUUUCACUUGGUUUGUGUAUGCUCCACUUUAUGAACAAUGAAUUCAUUCCCAAUAGAUUAGAAAUACCAGAUUAUUUAAAGGUAAUUGAGGACAUACUUUUGAGGGAUGUAUUAACUCAAAUGCUUGAAUUGGAUUGCUCAAGGAGAUUAUCAGAUGCUUCAGAUAUUGUUACAAUGCUAAAAGAUGAUAUCAAUCAAUUUCCUUAA